AUGCCUCGUGGUCAUAAAAGUAAGCUCCGUGCCCGAAAGAAACGUCACCAGGCCCGACUUAAAGCCCAACUUGAGGCCAGAGGUGAUGACCAUGGUCUUGAGGGUGCCCAGGACACUGCAGCAGAGGAGGAAGGGUCUCCCCACUCCUCUUCUCCCUUUGGGAGUUCUUCCCAGAGCUCCUCAGCUGCUGGCUUUCCCCAGGGGCCUGAGAUUGUCCCAUCAACCACCACUGAUGCUGAUGGUGUGUCCUGCACAACUGCUGCUGAAGGUGCAGAGGGCCAAGUGGAGUUAAAUGCAAGUUCCUCUGUGGCCCCUCCCCCCACUGAGAAAUCACACAGAGACCCUCUCAGCAGGAGUGUGCUCAGGUUGUUGCAGUUUCUGCUGCAGAAGUAUAAAAACAGAGAGCUCAUUUUGAAGGCAGAAAUGAUGAAGGUCAUCAACAAAAUAUUCAGGGGGCAAUUCCCAGAGAUCCUGAGGAGAGCCUGUGAGCACAUUGAGAUAGUUUUUGGCCUCAACCUGGUGGAGGUUGACUCCAAGGGUCAAUUUUAUGACAUUGUCAACAAUUUGGAGAUCAGCCAGGAAAAGCAUGUGUUUGAUGCCAGGGCUUAUCCCAGGAAUGGCCUCUUGAUGCCUCUCCUGGCCUUGAUCUACAUGAAUGGCUACCGGGUCACUGAGGAGAAAGUCUGGAAAUUCCUGAAAGCUUUAGGUGUAUAUGAUGGGAAGAGGCAUGCCAUCUUUGGAGAUCCCAGGAAGUUCAUCACCAAAGAUUUGGUGCAGGAAGGGUACCUGGAGUACCAGCAGGUGCCCAACAGUGAUCCUCCACACUAUGAAUUCCUUUGGGGUCCCAGAACUCACGCUGAGGCCAACAAAACAAAAGUCCUGGCAUUUUUGGCCAAGGUGAAUGAUAUGGAACCCAGUGCCUUUCCAAACUUGUAUGAGGAAAUUUGGAGAGAAAAGGAAGAGGGAGUGACAGCUGCGGAUGGUCCCAAUGCCGCUGCCAGGGCCCAUUUCAGGGCUGAGUCCAGCAGAGUCAUCAUGCCUCGUGGUCAGAAGAGUAAGCUCCGUGCCCGUGAGAAACGUCGCCAGGCCCGAGAUGAGGCCAGACUCAAGGCCCAAGCUGACACCCACAAUCCUGCUCAGGCCACUACAGGAGAGGUCAAAGUUUCUCCCUGCUCCUCCUCUCUUCCUUUUGGGAGUUCUCCCCAGAACUUCCCUGCUGCUGGCUUUCCCCAGGGGCCUGAAAGAGUUCCAUCCACCACCACUGAUGCUGCCUCUAUAGGUGCAGAGGGCCAAGAGGAGGGAAGAGCAAGUUCCUCUCAGGCCCCACCCCCCACUGAAAAAUCACAAAGAGAUCCUCUCUGCAGGAGUGUCUUCAUGUUGUUAGAGUUUCUGCUGGAGAAGUAUAAAACCAAAGAGCCCGUUUCCAAGGCAGAAAUGAUACAGGUCAUCAACAAAAAGUUCAAGGGGCAAUUCCCUGAGAUCCUGAGGAGAGCCUCUGAGCACCUUGAGGUGGUCUUUGGCCUUGACGUGAAGGAAGUCGACACUAAGGAACAAUACUAUGCCACUGUCAGCAAAUGGGAAUUUAGCAAGGAAGAGAAUCAGUAUGGUGGUGGGUGGUAUCCCAAGAGCGGCAUCUUGUUGCCUCUCCUAGGCUUCAUCUACUUGAAAGGCAAGCGGGCAACUGAGGAGAAGGUCUGGGAAUUCCUGAAUGCUUUGGGUAUCUAUGAUGGGGAGAGGCAUGUGAUCUUUGGGGAUUCCAGGAAGCUCAUCACCAAAGAUUUGGUACAGGAAAAGUACCUGGAGUACCAGCAGGUGCCCAACAGUGAUCCUCCACGCUACAAAUUCCUUUGGGGUCCCAGAGCCAACAAAACAAAAGUCCUGGAAUUUUUGGCCAAGGCCAGUGAUACGCAACCCAGUACCUUUCAAGCCCUGUAUGAAGAAAAUUGGAGAGACAAGGAAGGGGGAGCUGAAACUGAGGUUGGUCCUCAUGCCAGGGCCAGGGCCCAUUCCAUGGAAUAG